AUGUCUACAGCAUUGAAUAUUGGUAUUUUACCAAACAAUUCAAUACCUACAAUCAAUUUCAUUAAUGAUAUGGAUAAACUUUUUGAUAUCUUUAAUUCUUCUGAUACACCUAAUAGUAAAAUUUUUAAUGACCCCUUCAAUAAUAAUUCACAUCAAUUAGAUCACUUAAACAAAAUGACUGAAAUGUUCAAAAACAUGAAGGUUGUUAGUAAAUUAAGUGCAACUGACAUGACACAACGAGUAAACUUUUUAAAUGGUUGGUUGGUAUCAAUAUCUGGUUUGAAAAUGCUGUGGAAUUCAUUAAACGUUGACCAAAACAAAGAUUAUACUCUUUGUACAGGUCGUAUAAAUCAAGACUGCCUUGAAAAUUUGUUUGGAACAAUCCGUCAACAACUCGGUAACAACACUAACCCAACCCCUAUUCAGUUUAUUUGGGCAUUCAAAAAGAUUUUUUGUGUUGAAUAUUUUAGGCAUUCUCCUGAUGCAAAUUGCAUUGAGGACUUAGAUAAUGUGUUAUGUCAAUUCAAUGAGAUGAAUGAAAUGUCAGCCUCAAUUAAUGAAAUUGUCAAUCCCAGUAAAACUAAUUUUAUUGUAAUGUAA